GAAGUGAAGAUGUAAACAAGAGAACAAACAUGGCGGGACUGGAAGGUAGUAGAGUGGGCUUCACUAAUUUGAAGAUUGAGGUACCUAAUGACCUUCAACCUGAGGAAGGAGAGUUGACAGAUGACGAGGGAGAUGCCAGGAUGGAAGAAGAUGAGUUAGAAGAGGGAGAAGCAUCAGAGGACGAGGUGGAAGUGAAUGUUAUCAUCAGGGAUGGUGACGCCGGUGGAGAAGCUAUACCUCCUAAACAACCAGUCCAGCUGCAGUUUGCUGAUGGUUUGAAAAGGUUACGGAGAUUGGGUACCACAAACCCUCCAAGCCUUCACUUACUUGGCAUUGAUGCUAAACAUAGUUGGCCGGAGAAGAAAUAUGAAAACAGGAGUGGUGGUGGCUUUGUUUCUGGCAUCUAUGAGGUUAGCAACAAGGUCUUGUCAGAGAGGGCACGAAGAUUUGGAGUUUCAGAUGCACCAAAGUCUGCCCCAACCCCCGAGGCUAUUGCAAAGCUUUAUAAAAGUUUAGAUGUCAAAGACGAAGACUUUGCUCGUGGUCGUUAUCGUGCAGAUGCCCUAAUCAUGCGUGGCACAGAAGACCUUAGUACUAAAGAUGUCUUUGAAUACUUCCAGGCUUAUGCUCCUGCCAGUAUUGAGUGGAUAAAUGACAGCAGCUGCAAUGUAGUGUGGCUAGAUGCAGCUGGUCCCGUGCGUGCGCUGAUAGGGCUCUCCUGUCCAAUUCUGCCUCGAGAGGCAGAUUUAAAAAAAAGUAGACACACCUUUAAGAGCAGAAAUGGUCAGAAGUCACAAGAUUCAGGUGGCAAUAAGCUAAGUGAUGAUGGAGGAACACCUAAAAUUAAAAUUAAAAAAGAAAAGAAAGAUAAAUCUAAGAAAAAGAAAAUUAACAAUAAGGAUGGACACAGUAGUAGUAGUUCAAGCAGUGAUAGUAGUAGUAGUAGUGAAAGUGAUGAUGAAAACUCAUCUGACUCUUCCAGUAGUAGUAGCAGCAGCAGUAGUAGUAGUAGUGGUGGUAAUAGUAGUGGUGACAGUAGUAGCAGCAGCAGCAGUGAUAGUAAUUCAUCAGAAAAUGAGACUGAAAAUGUUAAAGAAAAGACAAGGAAAAAGAAGAAAAAAGUGAAAGUAAAAAUUGAAACUAUGGAUCAAGAUACAACAGAGCCAAAUAAAGAAGCCAUCGAAGAGGGCAGUGUUCGUGCAGAAGAUAUAGCCAUACCAGUACCUCCAGGACGGUGGAGGCUAGGAGUUCCUUGCACACGUACUAAAGCAGUUUUGUUACGUUUCUCCAGUCGUAAAGAUAAAAAAGCUGGUGGUGCUGAAAGAAAUUCUGAAUAUUAUCGCAAGUAUGGCAAUCCUAACUUUGGAGGCAUCAAAGGACUUCUCAGCGAAAGUGGUAGAAAACGAAUGCAUGAAGCAAGGAGAAGAAGAGAGCAUGAUGAAACCUUGAGAUGGGAUGUAGAUGGACAGAAAAUUGAGGAGGGACCCAAGAACCCUUGGGGAGCACUUGCCCUAAACUGGGGACGUAAAGAAAGUCAGGAAGAUGACAGAUUUGACUAUCAAGCUUUACUACGGCAACAUCAGAAACGAGUACCUGGAAUGAAGAGAAAGAGAGCGUAUAGUGACUGUGAGGAUGAAGACAUGGUUGAUGGUGAGGAGGAUAUAGAAGAUUUGCAGUGUGGAAGUAAUGAUGAUUAUCAAGGAAGUGACGACAGUGAUGAUAUUGUGCCGUGGAAGAGCAAAAUUAAGUUUCCUCGGAUGAAAAUGUAUGCUGAUGCUGAACAGAAAAGAAAGAAACAAAAGAAAUCUGGGGACCUAUGGAAUCGACUUUCUGGUAGCAGAGUUCGAUCAUCUGGUGGAGUUCAAGACAGAUUGUCUUAUAUGGGUACCACCAAAGGUCAGAGUGUCAGGAGCAGGCUGGAUCUUCGCUCAAAAUUAUCAAGCAAGAAAAAAGUAGGCCCCAUGUCAGUUGAGGUAGACAAUGAUCACUAUUAUAGGCUUAUUGCUAGUGAUGAUGAUUGAGGGCUCACCUGUACUUAAGAUUACAAAAAUAGCAAAAACUGAAUCGACAACAGAGACUCGUUUAAAAGCAUAUUUAGCAUAUUAUGUUUUAACUAGCAGUGACACUUUUGUUGGUCAUUCUUGUGUUUUUUAAUGUCGGUAAUUACAUUUUAAUUUUAUUUGUUUUUUAAUUGUCUUAUGCAUAUAAAAUGUAUAUCUGCAGUAUGGCAUUCAUUGCUAAGCCAUUGUUUUUUUGUGAUAUGGGUCAUUGUUUUAAAAGUACAUUUGAGAUUUUUAAUAAACUCUUAAAAGGUAAAUAGGAAAGUAUGUGAAUAUUAGAAAGAAGAUAUAAUUGUGCCAAAUACUAUAAAACCAAUAAGUCUAGAUCAGAAGCUAAUAGAUUUUCUGGCAUUGGCAAAUAAAGGUCAGAAAUAGAUGAAAUAUCUUUGAAUUUUUAUUAUUUUAUAAAUUACAUUAAAAUGUGAAAACUGACCAAACUUACGGACUAUUAAUUGGAGGUAGGAAUCCAGAUAAUGCAGUAGAUGAAUAUUAAGGCUUUAGAACUGUGAAUAGGAAUGGUAGCCACUAAAGGAAGCUAUUUCAAUUCUGAAAAUGUUUAUUCUUCUUGUGGAAAUUACUUCCUUCAUGGAUUUGUGUUGUGACAUUCGAUGUUAGUUCUCAAUUAUCCUCACAAAUUAAAGCUGCUUUUAUCAUAAACAUUAUUUCAUUAAGUGAAAAGUAUCUUGUAUAUAAUGACUACUUGUAAAUUUAUUAAAUAUCCACAGUUCAUUAGUUACUAUUUAGAUGCUUGUGAUGUAUGUAUUUAGCACAUGCAAAGCCUCAUGUGAGAAAAGAUGUUAUGAUUUAAGAGAAUUAGAUGUAAGGGCCAGUGUAAAGAAAGAAACUGUUACUUUGUGUAGCAGAUGAAGUUGACCAGAAUCUGGUUUCAUGCUAAUUCUAUUGGACUCUGCUUUUGAGAGUUUUUAUAUUGAUACACAAGCUCAUUUCUGUUAACUAUUGUACUGUGGCUAAAUAUUAAAUCCAAUGUACAA